AUGUGUUUCCUUGAGACCAAUAUCUUCGUCAGUCCUCUGGGUGAGUGUGGCCCCAAUUGCAGGCAGGGCUUGGAGGGCAGUGUGGCCACAAGGACUGAUGGACACACAGAUAGAUGCGUCUGGAUUUAUGACGGAGCAGCUGACCAGCACCGGCUUGCUAGAGGUGCACUGUGCCCGGGCCGUGCCCAGACAGCUGAGGUUCCAGGUGCGGGCUCCAGGAGCACGCUGAGCCCGUCUCCACGGACAAGCUGGAGGCCAAGACCCCCUUCCCUCGUCGUCACGGGAGGCCACCACACUCGGCCUGGUCAGCUACUCCAGCAACCAAGGGGCUUGUUCACCAGAGAGCGUGAAACAAAGGAAGGUCAGACAAACGGACAGCUCUCGGACUCCAGCUCCCAUUCCUACUGCAGCAGCACCACCACGAAUUCCUCCAGAAAGACCGACCCCCUUCUGGACCUGUUCGAGCCGUCCUCUGGGAGUCCUGAGGAACCAGCCUCCUGCCCAUGGCCAUCUGAGGAUGCCACCUUGGAAGCAGAUCCCCAGCCCCAGUCAAGCCCUCAGAUGACAGCAGCCCUAGCUGACACCUUGACUGCAGCUCCAUAAAGAACUCUCAGCCAGAACUGCCCCACUGUGCUGCU